UAUACUACCACUACUACACUAUUAUACUGGUAUAUAGUAUACUACCACUACUACCACUACUACUACUACUACUACUACUACUACUACUGCAAAUCUCCACCUCACAACAACCUCAGCAUCACGUCCGCUCCAGCCCAUCUCCUCUCCAAGUGCACAGCAAGUGCACAGCUAGGCAUGCAGAGCAAGUGAGUGAAUAUGGACUGAUGGACACUGCUAUUUCGACGCGAUCUGGACCCUAGACACCCAAAUGGACGGCCACGAGCUGCUGCUGCGCUCGGCCGCCCAGGACCCCAUUAUUGCCGUCUCUGCCUCGCAGUCCCUGCAAGCGUCUGCCAGGGACGACGCCGCCAUCUCCACGGGCCUCCCCCGGCUGGACAGGGCGAUCGCCUUGGGUGCCCCAGGCAUCCAGCGUGGCCAGGUCACCGAGGUUUUUGGGCCUCCGGGAGCGGGCAAGACGGCAUUGGCUCUGAAUGUCACUGCGAAUGCUCUUCGCGCCGGCAACAGGGUGGUCUGGAUCGAUACCAGCUCUCCCCUGCCGACAGCCAGGCUGAAGAGCAUGCUCGACACUACAGGAGCAGACCGGCUGAGCUACUAUCGCACGCCCUCGCUGCCACACCUGCUCGCGCUGCUGCUGCACCCGCCCGCGCGAUUCCCACCACCCGACACCGCGCUGCUGGUCGUCGACUCCGUGUCGGCGCCGUUUCCAGGCUACUUUGCCAACCCGACGGAGCUCAAGGCGCGCCGUGACCAGGGCAAGAUCCCCGACAAGGCCCAGUUCCCGUGGCUGAUGAACCGGAAGUGGAAUGUCACCGGCGACCUGGCGAACCAGCUCGCCAGGCUCGCCGCCGCGCACCACCGUGCCGUCUUGGUCAUCACCCAGACGCACACCAAGAUCAGGGGCCUGCCGCGCGCCACGCUCUACCCGGUCCUGGCGGGCGGCGCGUGGGAGUCCGCCGUUUCCACUCGCAUGGUGCUGUACGGGGAUCUGCUGGUCCACGCGGGCCGCCGCCAGCGACUCCGCUGCGCUGAAAUGCUCAAGCGAGGUGGCAGGGCGAUCUCGGCGCGGAGAGAGGAGGAUAGGGUUUCUUUUACCAUUGAGUCGGAUGGAUUGCACGAACUCGACUCCAUUGACGCAAUCGAUGGAUUGCCCGAACGCGACCCCAUUGAUGCAAUCGAUGGAUUGCCCGAACCCGACUCCAUUGACGCAAUCGAUGGAUUUGCCUUGGCUCAGCCAGCGUUUGACCAACCACUCGACUUGAAAGCGUCUCAAUUAAACAAACUACCACAAGAGACUGGACAUGACACUCUUGGGUUGAAUGAAGAACCUGAAGCGUCUGACACUCCUGACGAACCCCCUUCACAGCUCAAGCCCGACGCAUCGCGAAAACGCAAGAUGGCCGAAAUCGCCGACAGCCAGGACGAAGACUCGGACUACGGAUGGCCUGAGGGUGUGUCGGACGAUCACUACGAAGAGUAGGCCUUUGUCUCCUUCACACCGCUUAUACAGGAUGCAAGUGUAGGUGGACUGACUGGCCUGCUGUCAACCUGCUUCAUCGCCUUCUCACACGGUUUCUAUCCAACCCCUCGUCUCCCCCGCUUGAUGAAGAACGUUCUCCUACGAAGUACGUCUUUGGCUGCAGCCAGCCACAUCUGGUGGAGCGGCAAGAGACUAACAAAUAGCCGCUGCCAUCGCACACCUUACUCUAUCCGAAGUACGGAGUGAAGGGGAUUUUCCAGCCCCGGCAGGGCAGGAAAAAAAAAAAAAAAAAGAACGUGGGCUGACGUGAGGAGACGGUUACAUCUGUCGUCUAUCAUGUGUUGGGUACGGAUACAGCGUAUAGCAAGGACAUUCCAUGUCGGAUACAUAGG